GAAACCACGCUACAUGGCUGUAAGAAUACAUUUAGUAAGCAGUACGGGCCUGUGAAAAGAACACUGUGGUUUUUAUGUGUUAGUAUAAUGGUUGGAACCCUGAUGUACACGACUUGUACUUUCUUUAUGAAAUAUCUGGAAUUUAAUUUUGUGACCAGGACAAGUGUGACGUAUCAUCAUGAAUUGGAAUUCCCGGCUAUCACUCUCUGUAGCUUAAAUCCGUUUGACAAAAAUAAAUUUAAAAAAUCCAACAUCUAUAACACUAAUAAAGCGGAUCCUAGGGUGGCGGACUAUGUUGAACAUAUAAGACGUGGACGUAGAGUGAUAAAUGAAUCUUAUUCCAAAUGGAUAGAUCUGAGACCGGACGAAACAGAAUUAAACAAGUUGGGAUUUGAUAUCAAUGAUAUGAUACUGAAUUCAUUAAUAAAGCCUGGAAAAUCGUACAAUGUGAAAUCCGAAUUCUCAGUAACCUACCCGUUACCUUUACAAAAAUGUUUCACUUUUAACGGGAGAUAUUGGAAUAAGACAUAUGACCACAAACCGCUUAAGUUCAAAGCAGACACGUAUUUGUAUUUAAAACUGGACACUCACACAGACAGGUAUGCUUUUAAUACUUGGACAAUUGGCGUUCAACUUAUCCUGCAUCAUCCUGAUGAUCCAUUCCAUAAUCGUUCCCUAUCAUUCGUGCUUUCGCCAGGAUAUUUGCACAGGAUUCAAAUCUCUGAAAAGAGAUAUAAAUAUCUUACUAGUCCUUACAAUUCUUACCAGAAUCAGGAAUGUGUACAAGUGGAGAAAUCAAAUCAAGGGUCCGGUGAAUAUCGUCCUCCGUACUCCUAUGGUGAUUGUAUUAUUAAAUGUCUGACUAAUCGAACUCAAUCGCUGUGUGGAUGUAUCAUAGAAUCACUUCUUCAUGACAGCUCGAGUGUAUUUUGUACUGUUGCUGAAAGACAUUCUUGUGCACUGCGAUUAUCUAGGUCUCCCGAGUUUUGUGAUUGCAAAAGACCGUGUUUUGAAACCAAGUAUGAUUAUGAACUUUCUUCCUAUACGUUGACACCUGACCGAUGGAGUCCCAGCACAUUGUUUUCAACGAUUGAAUUUAAAGACAUGACAAUCACUUCGGUCGAACAUGAACCGGAGUUGGACAUUGGGGAUAUUAUCAGCCAUCUUGGAGGUUACAUGGGCUUCUGUCUUGGAGCUAGUGUAUUAACAUUUAUAGAGAUGGUUGAGGUUGUAUUGAAGAGCUUAAAGGCGAUCAGGCUGCACCGACAGAGUACAGUGAACAGUCCACAAAUAUCACCACCAAAUCCCGGUGAAAACCAUGAAAUAGAUAGUAACUGACAAUAAUGUUACCAGCCGUUUAAAUCUAAUGUUGUAACGUCGAGAAUUUCUGUACCAUUAUUCUAACAAACUAAAAUAACCUUUGUAUAUGACUUUCUAGUUAAAGAUACAUUAUGGGAGAUUAGAUAAAGAGCUGGCAGUUCUCACUAGAAUAGUUAAAAAAUAGAUACGGUAAAGGCAAUUUGCUGAAAAUUUCAGUCAAAGUGAUCAAAUGUGAACCGAGAAUUAAGCGAUUGAAAUUUCGACCUAGCCUCGAUCAUCAUUACUAAAGCCUGUACGAUAAAAAACAUAGUUUCGAUUAUCCAUUUCGUGAUUAUAUUAUGAAUGGAAGUCGAGCUAUCAAGUGGGAUCAUAAUCCAGUAAAUAUCGUAGGCUAGCGAUUCCAUCGAGAGUUGAUUGUGAACUGGAAUUGGCAGAUUUAGCUCUUGCAUUAUGUAUGUUUAAUUCAAUAAUUGUUAUAUGUAGUGCGAUGAUAUUAAAUACUUAAAGUAGCUAAGUUUCUACCUCAAUAUUAUCCAAAGUCUUACACGUUGAAAAUACGAAUUAUUUGUCAAUUUAAAUCAACAUUGAUGUUGUGAUCUUACCGGGAAAAGAUGGCCUUCUGAUAUCCAAUAUUUAAGACAAAAUAAAAAUUUUACCAUUGGUACACGAAUGCGUUUUAGCGUCAUUUGCAACAAGUGACCAGAAAGAACGAGGCUAGACAUAUUCAACUGGGGGGGGGGGGGGCUGCUCAAUAGACUGGAAUAACCAGACGUUAGAAAUUGCUGUAGGGUUGAGACACGUGCCGUAUUUCGCUGAACAUAAGUGAUUUAAAAUUAAGGGUCAAAACGGAAACAAUUGAAUGUAAAUCAGUUUAUAUACAAUUAGAUUACAUUAUUAUAUGCCUUUCGACCCAUUUGGGUCAAUUUCUAGGUCCCAAAUAUUAGUGAUUUAGCUCCUUUAACAACCCGCGUUAUAUAAACUAAAUAGGUCUAAAGCUGUUCUCAGUAUAUAAUAUUUUAAAAAACCACACAAUUUUUA